UAACUCCAAAAAUGUGGUUGACACUUCCUUUGUUGUGGGUUUAUCUAAACCUUCACCUAGGAGUAUGCAAAGAGCUAGCAACCUAUCAGUUGGAGAAACUAGACCCCCUAGAUAUUCAUGAGAUUCCACCAACUAGGGAUAAAAAACCUUUAGCUGUAUCUGCUUCCAUUAAUAUCAGAAAUAUUCUUGAUGUUGAGGAGGUCAAGAUGUUGGUCUCGCUGGAAACUACUUUAAGGCUUUUGUGGCGAGAUCCCCGUAUAGUACCGAAGGCCCAAUACCUGACCAGCCGGGAUACAAAUGGAAACUAUACAAAUCUAAAUCCAUCUCUUGCCUCCAGUAUUUGGAUUCCAGAUAUAUUUGUAGAUCUUGCCAAGGAUAUGAGAACACCAACCUUUUUUAUGAAGCCUGCCUCACUCAGAGUGUACAGUGACAGCCUUAUUCGAUAUUCUGCCAGGAUAAAUUUUGAUGUUGCUUGUAACAUGGAUUUCAGAUAUUAUCCAGUUGACGACCAGACUUGUGAAGUUAAAUUUGAAUCCUUUGGUCUUCAAUCCAACCAGAUUGUGUUCAACUGGAUCCCCGACAGUAUGAACGUAAACUACAACAUCACUCUUUCGCAGUUUCUUUUCAAGGUUCGAGCGAUUGACUCCUACGCCACGGAUUAUUAUGAUUUAAAGUAUCCUGGAUUAAAGUUACAGAUUCAUUUAACACGUCAGAUAGGAUACCAUUUAGUUCAAACCUACAUUCCCUCUACAGUAUUUUUGGUGUUAGCGUGGAUGGGAUUAUUUAUACCUAAAGAAAUAAUCCCUGGACGGGUUGGUAUGGGAAUGACAACAAUUCUCACCCAGACCUCUAUGUUCAGUGCAACCAGGCAGCAUGUACCAAAGGUUUCCUACAUAACUUGGUUAGAUGUUUGGAUGCUGGUUUGUAUGAUUUUCGUUUUCAGCACUAUGGUUGAGUUCAUUGUUGUCACAGUCAUCUCUAGAAAAAAGAAGAAGAGAUUAGCUGUCAGGAUUGAAAAGAUAUCGCGUCUUCUGCUACCCUGCCUGUUCCUCCUGUUUAACCUAAUAUACUGGCCUAAUAUCAUGUACACUAGAUGGUCUGGGGACCAUUGGACUUCUAAAAACCAUCAUACACAACUACAGCAUGAGGACUAGAUGAAGCUUCCCUAGUAACAGAAUUUCGUAGAAUUUACGUUAUAAUAUAACGUAAAAAUGUACAUACAAUUUUGGUUAUUUUUAUGUACUGUUGUAAUAUAGUUGUAAAACUGAA